AGUUUUCAUCCCUUAAAUUGCCCCGUCUGUGUAGGAUUUAUGGCGUAAAUACAUCAGAGAUGUGCUGCAGCGGAGUGACCUUUGAAGUCUGACCUUUGACCUCCACCCCUCGACCCCCGGACACUCUUCUGAUGUGUUAAGCAACUUUACUGAACAGUUUGAUGGAGAGCUGGUCGGAUGACAGCGGGAACUGUUGUGAUCACCGGAGGAAUACUGGCCACAGUGAUUCUGCUGUGUAUCAUCGCUGUGCUCUGCUACUGUAGACUCCAGUACUACUGCUGUAAGUCGAAUGGCUCAGACAGCGGCUCUCUGUCCCAGCAGCACUUUGCCUGUAACGCCUGCUCCGUCUCUGGGCUGGACUCGGUCUGCACCCCCCUGUCCCUGUCCCCGGAGCCCCCCGCCCCCACCGCCAAGCCCCCUGGAGGUCGCCCGCGGUACUGCCCCUCCUGCUCCCCGUACCACUCGCCCUUCUACGUGCGCACCACGGAUGACACCCGAAACGGAGGCGAGCGCGUCACCUACAUGCCCACCCACUACGAGAACCCCGCCCUGGCCCCGCCCCUUCCUCCGGGACCGGGAAGAGGCACCGUGCUGAGGAGCGCCCCCUGGAGUCCGCCGCCGGAGUUUUACACCAACACGAGGGCUGUGAGCACGGAAGUGUGA